AGGGGUAGAGUAUAUAAACUGUCAAUGACCAUUGCUGCAGCUGCAAUGAGGGGACCAUAAAAGAUCUGCAGCCAAGCAGACAGUUUGUCAUCCACAUCUGGUUCACAGAGACAGACCGUGAGGCAACUGCAAUCAGAGAUCCCUGCAAGGCUGAACCAGACGCUGUUAGCACCUCAACCUGCAACAAAUACAAUUUCCUGGCUAAUUUUCCUGUUUGCUGUCCUAACUCAGUGGGUGAGCUCGAUUUGAUGCUAAAGCUUUUUCUGAUGUUGAUCGUGUUGAGGGCUGAAACAAGGGUUGGAGUCUCUCCCUGAGCCUCAGGAUGAGUUGUAUUACCUUAUCUGUGUUGCUCUUGUUGCUGUCAUGUGCCUUGGCCAACAUUAAAGAUAACAACCUUUCCGGAUUUUGUGCUGGACAUCCAGGAAUUCCAGGAACUCCAGGACGUAAUGGGUAUCCAGGGCUGCCGGGGCGGGAUGGGAGAAAUGGGAGGGAUGGAAUGCCUGGAUUACCAGGACAGAAGGGCGAAGCAGGAAUACAAGGUUUGCGUGGUCCAAUGGGGGAGCAAGGAAAUCCAGGGCUACCUGGACCAAUAGGUGAGAAAGGAGUCAAAGGGGACAGUAUAAUUAACUACAUCUCAGCAUUCAGUGCAAAACGUUCCAAAACUCACACCCUGCCCCAGCUUGAGGAAGCAGUCCAGUUCAAUGUGAUUAUAUACAACGAUCAAAGACACUAUGACCCGGAGACAGGAAAAUUCACUUGUGAGAUUCCAGGGCUCUACUAUUUCGUGGUCCAUUCCACCGUUUUCAAAACCAGCCUGCAGUUUGACAUCAUGAAGAACAAUGUUUCCAUGUCAUCUUUCUUCCAGUACUAUGACAACUGGCCAAAGCCUGUCUCACUGUCAGGUGGGGCUCUCAUGCAUUUGGACGCCAAGGACCAGGUGUGGGUGCAAGUGGCAGUGGGAGAUUACAACGGGAUUUAUUCUAGUGUAAAGACAGACAGCACCUUCACUGGGUUUUUAGUCUAUUCUGAUUGGCAAAAUGCUCAAAUUCUGGUUUAAUGUUGUUACUUUUGCUCAUUGCUAUAUCAUGUAUGGAUUGUACUUUGCAUCAAACUGAACUUUAAAUGUAUGAUAUUGGUAGAAAGUCAAUACUUCUUUGCGUACAUUGCAUCACCUGUACGGUUACAUCCUGUUCCUGAAAUGUAAACCAAAUCCAAUGUCUGUUUAUAAACGAAGUCUAUUUUG